CACUGCACUCAUCCACUGCCCACAAAAAAAAUAAAAAAACAAACACUCAAUUCGAAGUUUGCGGCAUCUAUCCCAGAAAAUCUUCUUCUGGGCAAAUUAACCAUAUGGAGAACAAUGUGCAUCAAAGCCCCCUCCCUCUCCCUCCUCAUGUGCUCAUCUUCCCUUUCCCCGUCCAGGGCCACGUUAACUCCAUGCUGAAGCUCGCAGAGCUCCUCUCCCUCGCCGGCAUCCAUAUCACCUUCCUCAACUCCCCCGAAAACCACCGCCGCCUCCUCCGGCACGCCGACGCCGAGGCCCGGUUUGGCCGCUACCCGGGCUUCCGGUUCGAGACUCUCCCCGCCGGGGUGUCGGAUGUCUUUCCGGGUAACGGCGACAACCUCAAAGAGAUGUUCGAUUCGUUGAAAGCAGCGGCGCGGCCACUUCUCAUGGAGUUGAUAGUUACGAGUCGGGUGGGCGGGCGGCCGCCCAUCACGUGCAUCGUUGCCGACGGGAUCUACGGUUUUGCUAUUGAUGUAGCCAGGGAAGUAGGUGCUCGGAUUAUAUUUUUCCGGACCGUCAGUGCCUGCUGCCUUUGGUCCUACAUGUGCAUUCCUAAUCUCAUUAAAGCUGGGGACCUUCCCUUCAUAGGAAAUGAUAUGGAUCGGCCGGUUACGUCUAUACCAGGCAUGGAAGGUUUUAUGAGGUGGCGGGACCUCCCAAGUUUCAUGCGCGACGGCGACAUAGAGGCCCCGGGCUUUCAGCUCGUUAUGACGGAGAGCCUCCGAACCCCCGAGGCCGAUGCUCUCAUUCUCAACACUUUCGAAGACCUGGAAGGCCCAAUCCUCUCUCACCUCCGCAUCUCCACCCCAAACAUUUACACCGUCGGACCCCUCCACGCCCAUCUCAAAUCUAAGCUCGCACCUAAAGACACGCCGUCGUUGUCAUCGCCGCCCUCAAACAGUUUCUGGGAAGAAGACAGGAGCUGCAUGACGUGGCUCGACGCCCAGCCUUCCAAAUCGGUGAUCUACGUCAGCUUCGGGAGCAUCGCGGUCGUGACCCGCGACGAGCUCAUUGAGAUCUGGUACGGCCUGGUGAACAGCGGGCAGCGGUUCCUGUGGGUGGUAAGGCCGGACUCGGUGGCGGGACCGGACGGAGAAGAGCGGCAGGUGCCGCCGGAGCUGCUGGAGGGGACGCAGGAGAGGGGGUACAUGGUGGGGUGGGCGCCGCAGGAUGAGGUUCUGGGCCACGCGGCGGUGGGAGGUUUUCUGACUCACAGCGGGUGGAACUCCACGCUGGAGAGCCUGGUGGUGGGCGUGCCCAUGAUAUGUUGGUCUUACUUCGCGGACCAGCAGGUGAACAGUAGAUUUGUGAGCGAGGUGUGGAAGUUAGGAUUGGAUAUGAAGGACACGUGUGAUAGGGUGAUUGUGGAUAAGCUGGUGAGGGAUCUGAUGGAGGUGAGGCGGGAUGAGUUUGUGAGAUCGGCGGACGAGAUGGCCAGGUUGGCCAGGAGUUGUCUGGCCGAGGGUGGCUCCUCUUACUGCAAUUUGAACCGUCUGAUUGAGGACCUGAGAUUGACGGCCACUGGAUCAUCAUCAUUUGUCAAUUUUUUUAAGCUUUUAUCAGCUGGGGAGAAAGAGAGAGAGAGAAGAGAAAAGCCUAAUAAAAAGCAGAGCAGAGCUUCACUUGUUAUUCCUCACUUCACAGAAAGCCAAAAAGAGUGAACUCAUUUUUUAAUAAGAAAACUUAGAGCAGGACUGGGAGCCAUUUGUGCUUGGUUUAGUAUUAUCUGGAGUUGCUCUUUUUCCCUUCUUUUUUUUUUUUCCCUUAGUAUACUUGAGGAUCUGUAUUUGAUUUCUAACUUAUGAGUUAUGACAUUUAAAUAAAAUAACUGUACACCCCCUAAUUAUUAU